AUGUCAUUUAUUGGUGUCUAUAAGGCAUUGUAUGCAUACACUCCUCAAUCCAAUGAGGAGUUGAGCAUUGAUGAAAACGAUAUCCUAUAUUUGUUGGAGAAAUCAGAUGUUGAUGACUGGUGGACCGUUAAAAAGAGAGUUGUUGGACCUGAUGCUGAUGAACCUGUCGGUUUAGUUCCUUCAAACUAUAUUGAACCAGCAGACUAUAUUGGAUCCGCUACUGCCUUGUAUGACUAUGAUAGACAAACAGAAGAGGAGGUUUCAUUCAAAGAAGGUGAUCAAUUUCAAGUUUAUGACGAUAAAGAUCCAGAUUGGAUCCUAGUUACUAAAGAAAACCAAGAGUUCGGAUUUGUUCCAUCAAACUAUAUAGAAUUGAAUCUAGGUGGUUCUUCUGCCGCUCCAACUGCUGCUCCAGUUCCAGUUUCUUCAAUUCCACCACCUCCAUCACAUCCAGCACAAUCUAUUCCAAGUUUCCAACCUCCUCCACAAAGGCAAGAUAGAAUUGAAACACCGCCAAAGGACAUUGAACCUGAGUCGAGCUAUGCUCCAGCUCCAAUUUCAAACCAACAAUCCCGUGAUAGACGCAAUGAUUAUGAUGAUGAGCAAGAUUAUGAUGAAGCACCACCUCCAAAACCAACUAGACCAACACAAUCACAACGUCCAUCAUCUUCAUCCCAACCAACAAGAUCACAACCUGAUGAUGAAGAGGAUGACCAACUGUAUACCUGGUCUGUUUCUGAAGUUGAAGGUCGUAAAAAAAAGAAGGCAAUGUUGGCUAUUGGUAAUAGUACUAUUUAUUUUUCACCAGAUUCUGUUCAUGGAGGCACACCACAUCAAUGGAAAUCCAAAGACUUAUUAUCAUUUAGUUCAGAGAAAAAGCAUUUGUUUUUGGAAUUUAGAAACCCAUUAUAUUCCUUGGAGAUUCAUUCGGGUACAAAAGAAGUUGCUGCUGAAAUUUUAUCAGUUUUAGGUGAAUUAAAAGGAGCUGAAUCCGAUAAAGGUUUAAGAGAAGUUGCUGCUGCUGCUUCAUCAAAACCCAAAUCGUCUUCUCUAUCAUCAUCUAAAAAGACUGGUAAAAUUCUAUAUGAUUUUGAAGCUCAAGGUGAUGAUGAAUUGAGCGUUGUGGAAGGUGAUAAUGUUUAUAUUUUGAAUGAUAAAAAAUCUAAAGAUUGGUGGAUGGUACAACUUGUUAAUAGUGGACAAAGUGGUGUUGUUCCUGCACAAUUUGUUCAAAGCACUUCAGAAUCCGGAUUAUCAUCACUGACUAGUAAAUUCAAAAGAUCAAAAUCUAAAGAUAAUAUCCCAAACCCUUCACCAUCUAAAAAGGAGCAAAAAAGAUUACAAGGCCCUAAGGCUUCACGAGUCAGAACUUGGGAAGAUAGCUCUGGUACUUUCAAAGUUGAGGCUGAAUUUCUUGGUGUCGUUGAAGGUAAAAUACAUCUUCACAAGACCAAUGGUGUGAAAAUUGCUGUUGCUGCUCCAAAAUUAUCAAUUACAGAUUUAGAAUAUGUUGAAAAAGUUACUGGUAUGUCUUUGGAACAAUACAAAACUUCAAAGAAAGAAAGAGAUCGUUUGCGCAGAGAAUUGAGAGAUGCAAAGACUGGCGAAGCUGUUGAAUCACCGCCUCCACAACCUGCAAGACCAGGAUCUUCAUCUGCUCCUUCUAAAUCAAGUAGAGCUCCAAGUGCUCCAAAAGAUGAAUAUGAUUGGUUUGAAUUUUUCUUAGAAGCAGGUGUUGACGUCAAUCAAUGUCAAAGAUAUACCAACAAUUUCAACAAGGAACAAAUUGAUCCAAGUAUUAUUGAGUCAAUUGAUUCCUCAAUAUUGAGAACUCUUGGUUUACGCGAAGGUGAUAUUAUUAGGGUAAUGAAAUAUUUGGAUCAAAAAUUUGACCGUCAACCAAAAACUCAAGAAUCAAACUCUCAAGGAGGCUUAUUCACUGAACCAACUGGUGCACUGAAGACAAACCGUACAGGCUCAGCUGGUGGUGUCACAAAUACAUUACCAUCACCAACUAAGACAACACCAUCUAAUGUUGACGAUGAUGCAUGGACAGUUAAACCUGCUGCUACCAACACUGCAGUUGAUCGCCCUCCUUCUGUUUUGACUCAAAAUUUCACAGGAUCAAUGCAAGAUUUGGUCAACUUGAAACCUUUGGCCCCAACUGCCACUGCCUCAUCUACAAAAUCAGUACCUACUUAUGCCCCAGUUCCUUCAAAGCCAUUACAACCUACAAAAUCAGGAGCAACCACUAACACUUCCAACAUCAAUGUCCAAAAAACUGGGGAUUUUAUCCCAUCGCAACCAACUGGUGCCAUUUUAGCGCCAUUAGAUCCUUUCAAAACUGGUGGUGGUAAUAUUUUACCAUUAACUACAGGGGGUGCGUUUGUUUAUUUGCCUAUUCAACAAACCGGUGCAUUGCAAUUACAACCUACAGGUCUGGUUCCAAUCCAACAAACCGGUUUAUUGCCAUUACAAAAGACUGGUGGUAACACAGGUGGUUUGAUGCCAUUGCAAAAAACUGGAGGUGGAUUACCAUUCCAACAAACUGGGUUAUUACCUUUACAAAAAACUGGUCCAUUAGGGGGAUUACCUCAAACUGGUAUUAAUCCAACUGGUUCACUGCCACCAGCAACUUCAUUUGGUCAAACACCAACAUUCAAUCAACCACCACCAACAACGUCGUUUGGAUCACAACCUACAGGUGGUUUCAUACCUCAAAGUCAAUUUGGUUUACAACAAACAGGUCUUGGUGGCCUUCAAACAGGUCAACCAACUGGUGUCUUCAAUGGUACUUCAUUCAACAACUUUCAACCAACUGGUGGAUUUCAACAACAACCACAGCCAACAUCAUUCAACCAACAACCAACAUUCUCACAACAACCAACUGGUUUUAAUGGACAAACACCUUUUAGUGGUCAAACUACUGGUUUCAACGGGCAAACUCCUUUCAGUGGUCAACCAACUGGUUUCAAUAGCAUCUCUAGCCCUCCAACUUUCAAUAACCCACAACAAACAUUUGGUCAACAACCUCAAUUCAAUCAACAAAUGAACCAGUUGACCAAUUCCUUCCAAAAUGCAUCAAUACAAUCCCCUUCACCAUUCCAACAACAACAACCAACUACUUCAUUCUAUCAAAAUCCACAACAAACUCAAUCAUUCGGUGGAUUCCAACCUCAACAACAGCAACAACCAUUCUAUCAAAACAAUGCACAAUCGUUUGGUGGAUUCCAACCUCAAGCUCAACCUUUGCAACCACUAGAAUCACAACCAACUGGGUUUGGAUUUGGUAAUAGUGCACCAAACACAAGCUUUGGCCAACAACCAUUAGGUGCUCAAAUGACAGGUGCUAGUAAGCGUGCUAAUUUGGCGAAUGCUACAGCUGAUAAUCCAUUUGGUUUUUAG